AAGCAAAGUAAAUCCUUUCCAUUUAUUUUUCCAAUUUAUUCUUAAAUUUUCUAUAAAAAUAUUUUUUUUCAAAACUUUCUGUAUUUGUAAUAAAAAAUGGCUGAUUACUUGGACAAUGAAGCGGAGGAAAGUGAGGAGGAGGAGGAACUGGAUAUAAACGAAAGGAAAAAACUUAAAAAAUUGAAAGCAAUGCAUGACAGUGACGAGGAAGACGAUGACGAAGAUGAGGGAGAAGUCCCAGGUCUUAUUGAUGAUAAUCCAAUUGAGGAUGAUAAUGAUGGUGAAGAUAGCGAUGGAUCAGAAAGGUCUGGAAAACGGAAGAAAAGUGAUGAUGAAGAUUUUGAUGAUCGUUUGGAAGAUGAAGACUAUGAUCUGUUAGAAGAAAAUUUAGGAGUCAAAGUUGAAAGGAAACGUCGUUUUAAGCGUUUACGUAGGAUACAAGAUGAAGAAUCAGAAGAGGAGGAAGACAGGGAGGCAGGUGACGAAAGAGAUGCAAUUGCUAAUGAACUAUUUACAGGCUCUGGAGAAGAAGAUGAGGCAAGAAGUGAAGUUAGUCAUAGACCUGAAGUGGAAGCAUUUGACGAAGAAGAGAGUGAAGAUGAAGAUGACUUUAUUGUAGAUGGUGAUGGAGUACCUAUAGCUGAAAAAAGAAAGAAAAGGAAACCAAUUUUCACAGAUGCGGCCUUACAAGAAGCUCAAGAUAUUUUUGGUAUCGAUUUUGAUUAUGAUGAGUUUGAAAAAUAUGGAGAAGAUGAGUUUGAAGAAGAAGAAGAGGAUGAUGAUCUUGAAUAUCUUCAUGAGUCGGGAGAAGAUCGACCUAGACGAUCGAAGAAGCUUCUUAAGAAAAAAAGCACGAAGAAAAGCAUUUUCGAAGUGUAUGAACCUAGUGAACUUAUUCGUGGACAUUUCACGGAUAUUGAUAAUGAGAUCCGCACUACAGACAUUCCUGAACGUAUGCAACUUCGUACUGUACCAAUUACACCAACAGCCGAAGGUUCUGAUGAGUUAGACCUUGAGGCAGAAUGGAUAUACAAACAGGCAUUCUGUCAACCCACGAUUUCAGUACAAGAUGCUCAUUUAAAUGAAGAAGCCAAAGAAAGAGCUAAAAAGGGUCCACAAACAGUCGGCAAAAUUAAAAAAGCUUUAGAUUUUAUGCGCAAUCAAAACUUUGAAGUUCCUUUCAUCUCGUUUUAUAGGAAAGAGUAUGUCCUGCCGGAAUUGAAUAUUAACGAUUUAUGGAAAAUAUACAAAUUCGACGCAAAAUGGUGUCAGCUUAAACAAAGGAAGGAAAAUUUAUUGAAAUUGUUUGACAAAAUGAGAAACUACCAAUUGGACGAGAUCAUGAAAAAUCCUGAUGCUCCGUUGCCCGAAAAUGUACGGAUUAUUAAAGAUGAGGACAUCGAGCGCCUUAGAAAUGCUCAGACUUUCGAAGAAUUGAAUGAUAUUUAUCGACACUUUAUGCUUUACUAUAGUCAGGAUGUGUCGGCGAUGCAAGAACAUACACGUAAAAAGGAAAAAGAAGAUCGGAAAAAAACUAGGCUUGAAAAAAGGAGGCAGCAAAUUGCGGAAGCUGAAGAAAAUGGGGAAGAACCUCCUGAAGAGCUUGUUGCUGCGGAAGAUGACGAUGAAGAGGCAGAUGAUACAUUAAAACAGCCAGUUAGGAAAGGCCCUUAUUUUAUAUGUAAGAAGGCUGGUUUGGAUAGUCUUGCUAAAAAGUUCGGUCUCUCUCCAGAACAUUUUGCCGAGAAUCUUAGAGAUAAUUACCAACGUCACGAAGUAGAUCAAGAACCACUAGAACCUACAGUAGUAGCAAAUGAAUUUUGUUCAACGACCUUUAAGACGAACGAUGAUGUGCUUAAUGCUGUACAAUUAAUGGUCGCGAUUCAAUUAGCACAUGAACCAUUGGUACGUAAGUGUGUUAGAGAAAUGUACAUGGAAAGAGCCAAAAUAUCCGUAAUACCAACUAAAAAAGGAAUAAAAGAAAUUGAUGAAAAUCAUGUACUUUAUGGAGUGAAAUACCUUAAAGAUAAGCCUGUACGAGAUCUCGUUGGUGAUCAAUUUUUAAAAUUAUUUAUAGCGGAACAGGACAAAUUGAUCACUAUUUCCUUUAGUGACAUUAUAGAAGGAAAUACUACUAACAACUACAUCGAUGAGAUAAAACAAUUGUAUUACAGAGAUGAAUUUAGUAAGAGUGUUCAAGAUUGGAACGCUCUAAGAACUGGUAGUGUUGAAGCGGCUUUAAAUCGUAUUAUUAUACCACAGUUGAAAAAAGAAUUACGAUCUAAUCUUUUAACAGAGUCAAAAGAAUGCGUCAUGAAGGCCUGUUGUCGUAAAAUGUAUAAUUGGAUUAAAAUUGCUCCGUAUACUUGUGAAUUCCCUGAAGAAGACGACGAAGAUUGGAAUACUAGUAGAGGAAUUCGCGUAAUGGGUUUGGCUUAUGUACCUGAUACAUCUCAAUCCGCUUUUGCGUGUGUAGUUUCUCCAGAAGGAGAAUGUACAGAUUACCUGAGGUUACCGCAUUUAAUGAAACGCAAGAACAGUUUUAAGGAAAAUGAAAAGAUGAUGAAGGAAGCUGAUUUGUUAGCGAUUAGGAAUUUCAUCGCUACAAAAAAGCCGCACGUUGUGGUGAUAGGUGGUGAAUCUAGAGAAGCAUUAAUGAUAGCGGCUGAUGUGAAAGAAUGUAUUACUAAUCUAGCAGAAGAUGAACAAUUCCCUACGAUUCAAGUAGAGAUAGUAGAUAAUGAGCUUGCGAAAGUUUACGCAAAUAGCAAUAGAGGUGUCUCUGAAUUCAGAGAUUAUCCAGAUUUGUUGAGGCAAGCUGUGUCUUUAGCAAGAAGAUUACAAGAUCCUUUGUUAGAGUUUUCACAAUUAUGUACUAUAGAUGAAGAAAUUAUGUGCCUUAAAUAUCAUCCUUUACAAGAUCAACUUCCUAAAGAGGAUCUUAUAGAGAAUAUUUAUUUAGAAUUUAUAAAUCGUAUAAACGAAGUGGGGGUAGAUUUGAAUAGAGCAGUACAACAGCCUUACACGGCAAAUUUAGUACAAUUUGUGUGCGGUUUGGGUCCUAGGAAAGGGCAAGCUUUGAUUAAGAUCUUGAAACAGACCAAUCAAAGACUAGAAAAUAGGACGCAGCUUAUUACAGCGUGUCACAUGGGACCGAAAGUUUUCGUCAAUUGUGCUGGAUUUAUUAAAAUAGAUACAAAUAGUUUAGGGGACAGCACAGAGGCAUAUGUGGAAGUGUUAGAUGGAUCCCGUGUGCAUCCAGAAACUUACGAAUGGGCAAGAAAAAUGGCAGUAGAUGCUUUAGAAUACGAUGACGAGGACGCAAAUCCUGCUGGUGCUCUAGAAGAAAUCCUUGAAUCACCAGAAAGAUUGAAGGAUCUGGAUCUAGAUGCAUUUGCAGAAGAGCUUGAGAGGCAGGGUUUUGGAAACAAGUGUAUUACUCUUUAUGAUAUAAGAGCUGAACUGAAUUCUAGAUAUAAAGAUCUUCGAGUACCUUAUCAAUCUCUAAGUGCUGAAAAACUGUUUGAUAUUCUUACAAAAGAGACUCCAGAAACAUUUUACGUUGGCAAAUUAGUCCUGGCAACGGUCGUUGGAAUAACUCACAGAAAACCACAAGGAGAUCAACUGGAUCAAGCAAAUCCUGUUAGAAACGACGAGACUGGUUUAUGGCAAUGUCCGUUCUGUUUGAAAAAUGAUUUUCCCGAAUUGUCCGAAGUAUGGAACCACUUUGAUGCUGGUGCAUGUCCAGGAAAAGCAACAGGAGUUCGCUUGAGAUUAGAUAAUGGGAUAUCUGGUUACAUUCAUGUGAAAAAUUUGUCGGAUAAACAUGUUGCUAAUCCAGAGGAGAGAGUGCGCGUUGGUCAAGUAAUUCAUUGCCGCAUAAUAAAAAUAGAAGUGGAAAGAUUCAGUAUUGAAUGUACUAGUAAAUCAAGCGAUCUUCUUGAUAAAAACCAUGAAUGGCGACCACAAAGGGACGUUUAUUAUGAUACAGAGGCAGAGGAAAGAGAUUUGAAAGUGGAAGAAGAUGCUAAAAAGGUACAGCAAAGGCAGACCUAUGUGAAACGUGUCAUAAUUCAUCCCAGUUUUCAUAACAUAAGCUUUGCUGAAGUUGAAAAAUUAAUGCAAACCGUGAAACAAGGAGAGGCGAUCAUAAGACCAAGCAGUAAAGGAUCUGAUCAUUUGACAGUAACGUGGAAAGUUACUGACAAUAUUUACCAACACAUUGAUGUAAGAGAGGAAGGCAAGGAAAACACAUUCUCCUUGGGUCGUAGUUUAUGGAUUGGCAGUGAAGAAUUUGAAGAUUUAGACGAAAUUAUUGCAAGGCACAUCAAUCCAAUGUCUGCAUAUGUUUCGGAACUUUUAGAUUUUAAAUAUUAUAAAUCAAAUGUCGAGGGUAUCAAGGAUAAAGCAGAAGAAAUUUUAAAAGAACAGAAAAAACAAAAUCCUGGUGGAAUACCAUAUAUUGUAUCUGCUGCUAAGAAUUAUCCUGGAAAAUUCAUGCUUUCGUACUUACCACGAACUCGUUGUCGUCAUGAGUAUGUAACCAUAACACCGGAUGGAUUUCGAUUUAGAGGUCAAAUGUUUAGUAGAGUAAACGAUUUAUUCCGUUGGUUCAAGGAACAUUUCAGAGAUCCUAUACCUGGGCAAAGUACACCGGGUACUCCACAUGGAGCUAUGACUACCAGAACACCGUAUAAUGGUACUCCAGGAGUUAAUGGAGUAAAUUCGGACGCGAUACAAAGGGUGGCACAAAACAUGCCACAUCAUAUGCUGCACUCCCUUUCUAAAGUAGCGAAUCAGACACCACACCAUUAUCCACCAUAUACUCCAGGAGCUGCCAGUGUCACUAAUUACGGAUUGUAUGGGAGUACACCUUAUACACCUUCUGGACAAACUCCAUUUAUGACUCCUUAUCAUACUCCACACCAUACACCUCACCAUCCGCAAACGCCCAGUCAUUCCCAAGGACCGUUUUUGCAACCAAUUCCUCCUGCCAUGAAUGCAAAUUCCCACAGAACUGUCAGAUCUCAUAGAGCUGUCUCUUCUACCGAUGAUGCAACGAAUUGGUCAAAAGCUGCAGAGGCAUGGGCACGUUCAAAGCAAUCCACUUCUAAAGAAUUCAAUAUUACUUCAAGAUAUGAUGAAUCUAGAAAAACACCAAGAACUCUGGAAGUCUCUAACGAAAGAGCGACUCCACGUAACAGAACCCCUUCUGCUCGUACACCGUCGUACAAAUCUCCUAGAGGAACUCCGUUCACGAAUUCUAGUCCUCGUAGUAUGUCUCUUAGCGGAGAUGGUACACCUUUAUACGAUGAAAGUUGAGGCAAUAAUAUGAUCUGCGUUUAGUUAGGACAAUUGGUUACCUGAAACUAUAUUAUAUUUUAUAUGCAAAGAGGAAGGAUAAGUAAACUGAAACAGUUGCAAAUGAUUUUUAUUUUUAUCAGUGAAUUAUUCUCUACAGCAUUAAGUAUUUAUUGCAAGUACAAGAUACAUUUUUUUAUCGUUUCUUUCUAAAUAAUUUUUUUAUAAUUUUGCAAUCAUGAUUCGAUUCAAUAUGUAAUUUAUGUAAACAAGAAGUGAACAAAAUCUAAUGAAACAUUUUAUGUUGCAGAAAUGUCCAGGAUUCUUUUCUCACUAUACAUAAUAUUUAGAAUAUUCUACCUCAAUGAAUUUUCAUUUUCAAACAAUAAUAAUACACUUAUAUAUAUAUAUAUGUGUGUUUGCUCAAUAUAACAUAACUAUCAUUUAGUUCUAUAAAUCAUGACAAUGAAGAUGAGAACGCUGCCCUAUUCAAGAAAUAUAUACAUAUAAGUUGUAUUUGUACAAUAAUCAAUUUGAUACAAAUGUAUUACUAUAAGCAUAUGCAAUUUUGACGUAUAUAUUUUACUAUGGGAAAUUAGUAAUAUUAAAAAUAUAAUAAGUAAAACGUCUUCUUCUUUAACCAUUAUUGCUUCAAAAAGUUUACUUAAAACAAUGUAUUAAUUCAUUUAGUUUCAAAAGUUCUUAGCAAGUAUUAUAUUUUACUGUUUUCGUAUUAAAAUAUGUAGACAGGUAUAAAUGUUUUGUUACAUUAGUUUGACCAUUACAGUAAAUAAUAUCAGUAUGUAGUUUAAUUUGGAAACCUAAUCGGCAAACGUUAGGUAAACAAAAUUGUAUAAUUUGGAAUAGUUAGCGACGAUGAAAUUAGGGACAAUUAGUUGAAGUAUAAACGAAUACAUAGUGUCUUGGAAAAGCAUCGAAACCAGUUAUAACGACUCGACCAUAUUUGGAAUACAUUUUUAUAUUCUUAUGGUCGCACAACGGUCACAACUUCCCACACGUUGGUACGCACGUUACCGGAGAUGCAGACACAUGAUUCAUCCAGAAUGAAUCUUUUUUAAAUGGUGUGACCGUGUGGUAGUCAAAAAUACGCACAUGUAUAUUGUAACAAAGCGUCUGCUAUUGUAACAUAUAUAAUGUAGCCAUUUAUUACAAGUUAUUAUAUUUGUAAAAAUUGUGUAAAAUAUAUCAUGAUGAUUAUAAA